AGGAUCCGGCUGGCGGGAAACCUGAGGGAAAUGAAUAGUUUAUAUUGACAAUGUUGAUGCUGGCGGGUUUAUUUUAGCUUUAUGGAGUGACUGUCGGGCUUUUCUUAUUAUUAUUAAACACAAGAGAGCUACAGCUGAAGCUCAGCUCAUAUCUUUAUGAUCCCCAGCUGUUUAAUAAACCGGUUCUAACAUGGUUCAGAUAGUCAUCUCAAGUAAAAGUGGCGAGUCUCCUGGUGAGUGGCUACUUGUGGAGUUACAGGGUGAGAUGGUAUCACGACAUGACACUGGACUGGCUGGAAAUCUUAUGGGGGACCUGCACUAUACCAAAGAGGGUGUUCCAGUGCUGAUUGUGGGACAUCACAUCCUGUAUGGGAAGCAGGUCAAACUGGAGAAACCCUUUGCUGUCCUGAUGAAGCACUCUGGCCUCCCGCAGGAGGAUGAGGUAGCCAUGGAAACUAGCCAGGAGAAACCUACCUGCUAUACCGUCUCUGCUAUUAUCAAAAAGAAGCUGAUCUUUAAAACACGUCCGAAACCCAUCAUUACUAAUGUACCCAAGAAGGUUUAAUGACCAAAACCUGUAUACUAAUGUGAAUUCAUGGUGUCCCCUUUCUGAAAUACACCAGUCUUGGAAAGCGUGGACUUAAAAUCUUCUCAGAUGAUGUCUUUUGAAUACAAGACUGUUCUGCCAGAUCUGGAUAGAUGUGAAAUCUCUAAAAUGGACUGUUGGCAUUCUUUUGGAACAAAUCCUAUUUGGAUACACUAUGUUUGAUGUAUUAGUUCAUCAGUGCAAAAAUUGAAGCGACACAGGUUUGUUUUCGAGGACAAAGAAUGAUCAGUCAGAGAAAAAGUUUAUUUUCAUAAAAACAGUUUGCAGGUGUUAUAAAGAUCUGCAAAAAUAAACAGUAAAUGUUGCAA